AUGGAAAAUUCAUUGACAAUUAAGGUGAAACAGAGACCAAAUCUUAUCAACGAGAUUCUAAAUACCUUAAAGAGAUACGAUGCCAAUGUUAUUAGAGACUUGGAAGAAUACUUGAAACAACAAUGUGUUGAAAGCUUCAAUGAUGUCCAGGCCAAUUUGUGUUUACUAAAACUAUACGAAUUGAGCAGUGAAGAUAUAACUGAAGAAAGGGAAAAUUCGACAAUUAAUAUAUUGUUGUUGGGAUUAUUGGAGUUCUACAAUGUUGAUUUUGAAUUAUACUUGCAUUUAUUGCCAUCAUAUUCGUUAUCCAAAAAUAAGAAAAGCAGUAAUGAAGAAAGCAAUAAGGACAACAAAGACAAUUCGGACGACGAUAGAGCCAGUGGCAGUGAACACAAGAAUAAAAGUGAAGAAGAGUUAUCAGACGACGAAGAGUAUAUGAAUGUUGAAAGUUUCCAAGACUCUGUUAAUAAGAUUUUUAAAUUAUAUGAGUAUCUCAAUUCGUGCAAUUUUACAAAGUUUUGGUCAGUUAUUAAAAAUUCUAAAGAAGCCGAUUCGUAUCAAGACUUGAUUUUAAACUCUUUGAUUGGAGAGAACUUUGAAAAAAAAAUCAAAUACUCCAUCUUAAAAUUGAUUUAUUUGGCAUUCACUAAUAACAAUGAAAAAAUUUCCAGCAGAAUCAGCAAGAACUUGUUGAAAAACUAUCUAAAUUUGUAUGAUGAUGUAUUCUUUCAAAAGUUUAUUAGUGAAAAUGAACCAUACUGGAAGAUCGACAAAAAGGAUCCAGAAGUAGUUCUCAUCAACAACUUGAACAAUUUGAUCAAUGACAAAGAUAACAAAGAAAGCAAUAACGAGGAAAAGAAGGAGAAUUCCGAGAACGUUAGCAUCACCAUAACUAAUGAAAACAUCAAGAUUGAGCAGUUGUCCAGAAUAAUCCGAAACUCUUUUGUUGUUUGA